AACCACCCGAAGAGAAAAAAAGAAGGGGAACCCAGCCAUGCCUUGGAAAACCGGUGAGAAAGCUUGAUUUUUCCCUUCUUUUUUUGUCCAAGAACCUGAUUUGAAACCCAGAAAUUCUUUCCCCUUGCUGGAAAUCCAGAUCUGCUCUGCUCUGUCUUCCUCACCUCCAGCUGCCCUUGAUUUUGGGUGAAUUCUGGGCAUUUUUUCGGUAAGAACAGCCCCUAAUUUCCUUUGUUCUUGCUUGAAUUGGCUUGGGUUAACUUUGAUUGCUCUUAUUUCCUUCAAUUUUGGGUAGUUCCGUGAGCUUCCCCCCGCAGAUCCCGCCGGCCUUCCCCAAUCUGCUAGCUCCGGUUCCUUGCUUGUAAAUUCUGGUUCCUGAUCAUUUUGUCAGUUUAGCACGUGAAUUGAGUGCUCGGUUUUAUGCAAGUAAGGUAAGUAGAUUAUGGUAAUGCCCUUCGAUUUUAAAAGCAUGUUUCGAUUUGUUUUUUGAAGUGGUGGCGGGAUUAAACCCGUUUUACACAAGUGUGACUGAUUUGAAGUGAAAUGUUUUAUACUUUUCACUAAAUUGAGCAUGCCUACUUGAAAUUUAAGUGAUUGUCCUAAUGAUCUGAAAGUGAUUGUGAAUUGUGAUUUUCCUGUUAACUUCUACCUGUUUUGUCUCCGAUGUGGUCAUGUUAUUCGUGACCCUGCUAGUGGGGGAGGUUAUAAACGCUAGCACAUGUCGACAUGUUAGUGAAAGAGUCGAUUCGUUCAACCCAGCUAGUGGGGGUUAUACACUAGCAAAUCGUGGCCCUGCUAGUGGGGAUUAUACACUGGCCGUGACCUAUAGAGGAGACGUCUAUUUCGUGCCCGUACUGUAUCUGUUUUCGUGAUUGUACUUGUUGGCAUGCUUUAAGUUUGAUAAGGGGCACUCCAUAUUUACUUAUUGAGUUUAUCUCAUAGUUUUUCCUUGUCCACCAUUUCAGGAUGUGAAAUCGAGGACGGGAGAACCACGAGAAGUGACGAGUUAGAAAGCUAGCCAUUUCGGAAUUGGAUAUAAAUUUUAGAAAUAAAUCAUGAUCUUGUAUUUGGAAAUUUUAUGAUAUCAGAGAGAAAUUUAUAAUUUGAUCUUCAGAUUUUAGUGGUAUCAGAGUGUGGUGUGAUAAGUUCCGAGCCUUGUGCAUUUGUGGAACCCGUCUCACGAGUGCACGGCGUCUGUCGCGUCUCGAAAUUGGGUUUUGGGGCGUGACAAAUAAAGUGGUAUCAGAGCUUAGGUUGAAAUACAGAGCUUGGUUUAAAUUAAGAGUUUUGGAUUAAAUUAAGCACCUCCAGAUUGAGUGGCAUUAGAGCAGAUUGAGUGAUAUCCGAGCCUAGGUUUAAUUGAAUACCUAGGAUUUGUUUUGGACUUGGCUAGCCAGUGGAUUUUAGAACCGUGGUGAGACGAGUGAUGGGGAGCUGGAUAACUUGGUAAUUCCGUUGCUCCUUAUCUUCUGAAAGUCUUAUAGUGAAGUUUCACUUUUUCCAUUUAGAGCUUCAUGGUCUUUUCAUGUGGCUCAUUUUUUUCUAUAUUGGUUAAUCAAGAACAGUGAUCAUUCAAUUGAAAUUGUCAUCUUUUUGUAAAGAUUGGCAAGUUGUCAUAAAGUUAGACUCUUCAUUGUUGCUAAUCUUUACAUUCUUGAUACCUGGAAAUUGCUUGAAACUCUUGAAAUCCGUCUUGAAUCUUUCUUGAUAUUGCUUGUGCUUGUUCUUGAAACUGAAAUCCAGAAAUGGAUAAUGAUUAUCGAAGUCCUCAUUAUCUUGAUACUUGUCUGAAAUUGAUUCUUGCACUGUUCUUAAAAUCUAUUUUGAGUUGACCUUGAAAACCAUUCUUGUUCUGACCCUUGUUCUUGCUCAAAUUCUGUAUAUUGCUCUUGCUCAAAUCUUGCAUAUUUUGCUCGUUCUUGUUUCUGUAUACCUGAUGAUCUUCUUGAUUUUUUAUUUUGUUCAUAUGGACACCUCUUUAGGAGGGGUGACGAUUCAGAAGAUACCUAUAUGAGAAUUUACAAGGCAUCCAUGCACUUGUUCAUUCAUUCAUGAUUCAUAUAUUUAUUGGAUGCUUAUCUGUCUUUGAAAGAGUUCAAAGUUUUGUUGUACUUGUCUUUAAAUCCAUGCCAUUCUUUGUCAACUCGUCUUGUGAUGGGUUCGAAGCGUAACCCCACAAUUGUUCUUUUGUGGCUUUGGCAGGAUUUAUUUUUAUUCCUUGUGCUUCUCAUAUCACCCCAACCUCCAGUAGCUUGUUUCAUGGUAAAUCCUAUUAAGUGAUUAAUGUUCUGCUUUUAAGAUUAGUCGUGAUUUGUUAUCAGAGUGGCGCAGAGGAAGCAUAGUAAGCCAUGUCUGUUCAUAGAAAGUUAGUGAGGCAUUUGUUUGUCUUGGAUUGUGUGAAGCCAUUCACCAGUCUAGAUGAUCCUCAAUUUGAGUUUUGGGGACAAAACUCCUUUUUAGGAGGGGUGGAUGUAAUACCCCAAAAUUUUGUGCUAUUUUAACUUUUAACCCGUGUGUUCUGCUCUUUUUCUUGUCUUCCCGCUGCAGCCACCCGAAGAGAAAAAAAAAGGGGGAACCCAGCCAUGCCUUGGAAAACCGGUGAGAAAGCUUGAUUUUUCCCUUCUUUUCUUGUCCAAGAACCUGAUUUGAAACCCAGAAAUUCUUUCCCCUUGCUGGAAAUCCAGAUCUGCUCUGCUCUGUCUUCCUCACCGCCAGCUGCCCUUGAUUUUGGGUGAAUUCUGGGCAUUUUUUCGGUAAGAACAGCCCCUAAUUUCCUUUGUUCUUGCUUGAAUUGGCUUGGAAAUAAAUCAUGAUCUUGUAUUUGGAAAUUUUAUGAUAUCAGAGAGAAAUUUAUAAUUUGAUCUUCAGAUUUUGGUGGUAUCAGAGUGUGGUGUGAUAAGUUCUGAGUCUUGUGCAUUUGUGGGACCCGUCUCACGAGUGCACGGCGUCUGUCGCGUCUCGAAAUUGGGUUUUGAGGCAUGACAGUGAGAG